GACGUUUUUAUUGUGGGUGUGUUAUAUUCGUAGCUAUAGCAUAUGUCAUGCGAGUGCAUUGGUGUAGUCAAAACAGGAAUCAUUUGUUCACCAGCAACACGUUAUAACCACUGGACCAUAAAUACACCUUGCCAGAUAUGACAGAAGAUUUUUUAUUGUUACAUUGUUGCACCACAUGACAAAUUGUUUUAAACUUUCAUGAGUUGAUUCACUAACAAUGAAAUAUUACCCAUGAUAUUGAAUGUGAAAGGUACAUUUAUGUAUGCUUUCAUUUAUUUAUUUAUGCCUGACAUAUUGUGGUAAAUGGAAAUAAAGUACUUAGUUCUCAGUGUAUGAAGUAGCGGAAGGCAGGGCAAAAUGACACAUGGAACAAGAGGCAGAAUUCACCUAAUGCCAUCUGUCAUGAAAACCCUACACCAGAAUAGCUUCAGGGUGGGGGUGAAGCAUGUUGCUAUCUACUCGCUUCAAGUGAAGUAAAAACCUUUAGGAUUCGAGGAAUUAAUCUACAGGAAAAGAAAGAUCGGUGGUUGCAUGUGAGCUGGUGGACUGACCGAAUGGGCAGCAAAUACUGCACUUGUUUUUUUUUUUUCUGAGGCCUGCAGCAGCACCAGGAAUGGCCAAAGAAUCAAUGUAAAUAUUCGAUAACUGUUCAUUAGGAAGGGUUUAUGAAGUUUCCAGCCCUUCGCUUUCCUUCUUUCAACAGCAAAAACAAAGAAAAGCUUUUCAAUCAUUGUGUGAAUAUAUUGCUUGUUCCUAAAGUGUAAUCUUCUGCCUCUUUGUCUAGGCUGGUCAGAACAUACAAAAGAAAAAUGCAGAGAGCUGACUGGUGAGAGGAAGACAUGAAAGAAGCACUGGAUAUCAUAGUGCAAAACCUUGAUUCAGUUCUCUUUGCAUCUCAGCUUUUCCAUGUACCUAAGGACGCGCUGAGUAUACGGGCCAAGAAGCUACAGCACUGCUGUACCAAACCUCUUUACAAGGCUCAGCUUAGAUCUAAGCGAGGAGUUCUUUCUGAAGAACAAGAAAGGAUGCUUGUGGACCAUAUUGUUGACUUUUGUGGGCAGACGGAAGAAGUUGGAAAGGUUGACAGUUGUGUACAGACUGAAGCUGCCGUAAAGAGGACUUGCGAAGUACAGACUGAAUUUUCCGGGAAGACAUCAGAGGCAUUUGUGAAUGCCCAAGGAGAGAAGUCACUAGCGGAGUCCACCCCACUACAAGGGACGUUGAAUACUCAUGUAAAAAAUGCCAGAAUGCGGGUCUGCGACUCUGCUGGUGAUACAUGGGAUGAUGAAAGUGAGGACGAAACCACUGCCACUGUUUUGCACACGGUCUACCCAUGCAAGGAAUGUGGUGACCUCUUCUUGAAGGAAGAUGUGUUGAAUGCACACUUGUGGCAGGACCACAAGCAGAGGGGCAGUCUCGGCUUGCAUAAAUGGACACCCAGAGGCGUGCAGCCAUUUGAGUGCCAGUUCUGUCAAAAGAGCUUCAGCCAGCGGGAGUAUCUCGACCGGCACCUAAAAGAACACUUUGAUGAAAGAAACCUUCUCAGUUUGCAAGAAAGGACUCUCAGAGGUGAGGAGCCGUUUCAGUGCCAAUUCUGUAAAAAGGGCUUCAGCCAGCGGGAAGAUAGGGACCGGCACCUGAGAGACCACUUGGAUGAGAGAGAGCAGUCGGAUGGGACGUUGUACGAGUGUGAAGAGUGUGGGCAACAUUUCACCCAACAAUCUCAGUUGGCUUGCCACCAGAGGUUGCAUGUGGACGAUGACACAUGUGCCAGUGUAUGCCCCAACUGUGGCCAGGCCUUCACGCAAAAGCACAUGCUCAUCGAACACAUGCUGUCCCAGCACACGGACGGAAGGCCUCAUGCCUGCUCAGUGUGUGGGAAGACGUUCACACGAAUCAGGAGUGUGAGGAGGCAUGAAGAAGUGGUGCACAAAGGCCAUUACCAGCACCAUUGUCCAGUAUGUGAUAAAGGGUUUUCUAAAAAAAGUGAACUAACGCGCCACUUAGAGUCACGUCACGGCCACAUUGGGACACAGAGUCAGGAUGCAGUGAGCAUUUCACAGUGCUUGACCACAGAAGCAGAGGAGCAUAGUUAAAGCAAAAAAAAAUUGAUUCUGUAAUGGCAUAGUGGCUUUGGUGUUGUUUUGAGAGUACGUGGUCGUUCGUCGAGUGCAUGUUUGUGCAUUUUUUAUUGGGCUGCAGAGGCUGCAUUCUGUUGCAAGAAGAAUGCAAAACCUUCGUACUUGAAUUUAGGCAUGUGGUACAGAAAUCCCAGGUGAUUAGAAUCAAUCUGGUUUACUGCUGUGUCAUCACUCAUAAACUGUAUGUAGUAUUGGAUGUUAAACUGUAAAUGAUACUGUCAAUAAAGACAUAAAAUGGA